AUGAGCAAUGUCGUAGAUCGUGGCCGCGUGAAUACGUAUUUCGAUAUGAGCAAUGUCGUAAGGCAUGAAUCCAGGUGGUGCGAUACAGUACAAGCCUCCGAGUGCGUCUCAAUUGAGAUAUACAAGCAGCCUCCGAGUAGUGAGCGAGUGAAUAGGGUGUUGAUAGUGCGAUUAGUAUUCUCUUCCGGCCAAUCCAAGAGGGGCUUGAUACGUCACUUCAGACUUUCUUGUUGUCGUCAGGCCGUGAGUUGUCACAACGAGGUGGUGGCGUCUGGGCAGAGCGGAGAGCUCUGUUUGGGAUUAGUGACGGCAAUUGCAGAGCGCCUCUUGCGCCAACACAUAGCGACUUUGCUGGCAGAGCGAGCCAGAAGACUCAAUUAUGAGAGGAGUAGAAUGGCUCGAGGAAGUGGGCAGAUGGCAGAUGUUAAAAAGGGCUUGGAUGUUGCAGGCGGUGUGAAGGAGGCCCCUGCACGUGCGGACGGCUUGCGAAGGUCAGAAUGCUGA